CGCAGACUCGUCAUCUGACUGACUGAUGAGAGUUGGGCGACUCCAGGAAGACGCAGAUGUUAUGACAGUAAAUGAACAAAAUAAACAUACAUGAAAAUAAAAUAUCAAUGAACAGAUUAUAACAUCCCACAGCACGUACAACGAACACCACGUCCGGUUACUAUGGAGGAGACGAACAGAGAGGCCGUGGCCACAGCGGUGCAGAGGGUUGCUGGGAUGCUUCAGCGCUCUGACCAGCUGGACAAAGUGGAGCAGUACAGACGGAGAGAGGCACGGAAGAAAGCAUCCGUGGAAGCAAGAUUAAAGGCGGCCAUUCAGUCUCAGUUGGAUGGGGUCCGAACAGGCCUCACGCAGCUCCAUAAUGCUCUGUGUGAUGUGAAAGACAUCCAGAACUCUCUGGCAGAUGUCAGUAAAGACUGGAGGCAGAGCAUCAACACCAUAGAGAAUCUGAAGGAUGUGAAAGACGCCGUGGUUCAGCACAGUCAGUUGGCUUCAGCCGUGGAGAACCUCAAGAACAUUUUCUCAGUACCUGAGAUUGUACAAGAGACCCAGAAUCUGAUCGAACAGGGCGAGCUGCUUCAAGCUCACCGCAAGCUGAUGGACCUGGAGUGCUCCCGCGACGACCUCAUGUACGAGCAGUACCGCAUGGACAGCAAGAACGUCCAUGACAUGAACCUCAUUCGUGGCUACUUCGGCCAGGUGCAGGGCCUGUCGGAGGAACUGUCCAAACAACUCUGGAUGGUCCUCCAACGUGCCAUGGUCACUGUCCGCCGCGACCCCACCAUGCUGGUGUCUGUGGUUCGAAUCAUCGAGCGCGAAGAGAAGAUCGACCGCAGGAUGCUGGAUCGCAAGAAGCAGACUGGCUUCAUCCCGCCUGGGAGGCCCAAGUGCUGGAAAAAACGCAUGAAUGAAGUCCUAGAGGGCACCGUGAGCGGUCGCAUCGAGAGCACGCAGUCAGAAACACGCGAGUCUGACAAAAUGUGGUUGGUGAGGUUGCUGGAGAUCAUGAGGAAGUACGUACUGGACGACCUGAUCAUAGUGAAGAACAUGAUGGUGCAGUGCUUCCCUCCUCACUACAACACCUUCCAGGUGUUCUUCGACCUCUAUCAUAAGUCGGUGUCGGCGCGGGUGCAGGAGCUCGCAGCAGAGGAUCUAGAAGCCAAUGAGAUCGUGUCUCUUCUCACAUGGGUCCUCAACACGUAUAAAAGUGUGGAUAUGAUGGGGGAUCCUGAUCUGCAGCCCGAGUGUGACGUCAAGAAGUUGGAGCCGCUGUUGCCUGAUAAAGUGGUGGAUGAUUUGCUGGGCAAAUACCUCAAGACGUUCACUUCAAACAUCACAGGCUGGCUGCGCAAAGCUCUGGAAACGGAUAAGAAAGACUGGCAGAAGGAGACAGAGCCUGAGGGCGACCAGAACGGCUACUACCAGACCACCUUACCUGCUAUUGUCUUCCAGAUGUUUGAGCAGAAUCUCCAGGUGGCCGCUCAGAUCAACGAGACCUUUAAAGAGCAGGUGCUGAAAGUCUGUCUGAAGCAGAUGAACUCAUUCCUAGUAAGGUACCGAGAGGAGGCGAUCGCCUAUAAGGAGGAACAUCUGAAAGAUCGUCAGCUUCCGCAGUGCUACGUUCAGUACAUGAUUGCCAUCAUCAACAACUGUCAAACCUUCAAGGAGUCUAUAAAUAGCCUGAAAAGGAAGUACUCUCAGUCGUCUGAAAGCACUCAGAACGACGCCGCCAUAGAUAAGCUCCUGAAUGAUGUGGCCAAAGAGGGCUGCCAGUUCCUGCUAGAUGAAGUCUUCCUGGAUUUGGAGCAUCAUCUUAAUGAACUGUUGACCCGAAAGUGGUUGGCAGGCUCUCAUGCUGUAGACACCAUCUGUGUGACAGUGGAAGACUACUUCAACGACUUUUCCAAAAUUAAAAAGCCGUAUAAUCAGGAAAUGACGAGUGAGGCUCAUCGGCGGGUGGUGGUGGAGUAUUUGAAAGCCAUCAUGCAGAAGCGCAUCUCGUUUAAGAAUGCCGACGAAAGAAAGGAGGGAGCGGACCGGAUGAUGAAAGAAGCGGAGCAGUUCAAAUUCCUCUUCAGGAAACUUUCUGCUGGAGAGGACUCAGACCGGCUGUGUGACUCCAUCAGUGCCAUCGCUGAGGUCUUCAAACUGACCGACCCUGCGCUGCUCUACCUGGAGGUGUCCACCCUGGUGUCCAAAUAUCCCGACAUCAGAGAGGAACACAUUGUGGCCCUGUUAGCUGUCCGCGGUGAUGCCAGUCGAGAAAUGAGACAGAUGAUCAUAGAGACUCUGAACCAGAACAAACCGUCCUCUUCCUCUGUGUCUCAGCCCGUCUUCAGAGACAUCACCGUGCCAACCAGCACCAUGACCGCCAUGACCUCUAUGACUGUACCGAAACUGCUGAAAUAACCUGACCUUUGACCCCUGGAGACUAAGAGAUCCCCUUAAUGCACUUUGGAAAUAUAUUCACUGCAAUGUCAGUGACGGCUUUGAUGAUUUACGAUGACUUGAUGUACAGAAACAUUUUCAGGAUUCCAGGUCUGUAACAAACCACUGAAUUCAUCACGUCAGUUUGCAUUUCAAUAAAAUCUGGAUAAUCACUAA